GCGAGGCGAAGCCGGUCGAGGAGACGAGAGGCGAGGCGAGGCAGAGGAGGGGCCGGCGGUGCCCGGCGGAGAAGCCCGGCCGUAGGGGCGGGGAGUCUCCUCCUCCCGCCGCCAGGCUCCGGCUCCCCGCACGCACCGGAGAGCCCGGCUCCCUCCUCCUCCUCCUCCUCCUCCCGCUCCUCUUCCCUCCUCCCUUCCCCUCCUCCCCCCCUUCCCUCCCCGGGUCGCCGCGGCUCCGGGAGGAGCGGGGGGGGCCCCGCUUCCUUCCCUCUCCCCCCUCCUUCUCCCACCGGCGCCGCCGAGGACAGGCAGAAGCAAUCAUGGGGUGCAUUAAAAGCAAGGAAGAUAAAGGUCCGGCCAUGAAAUACAGGACUGAUAACACUCCAGAACCUGUUAGUUCCCAUGUCAGCCAUUACGGGUCAGACUCCAGCCAAGCAACGCAGUCGCCGGCAAUAAAGGGAUCAGCGGUUAAUUUUAACAGUCAUUCCAUGACUCCUUUUGGAGGACCCUCAGGAAUGACACCCUUUGGAGGAGCAUCGUCUUCAUUUUCAGCUGUGCCAAGUCCAUAUCCUAGUACUUUAACAGGUGGUGUUACUGUAUUUGUGGCCUUAUAUGAUUAUGAAGCUAGAACUACAGAUGACCUUUCAUUUAAGAAAGGUGAACGGUUCCAGAUAAUAAACAACACGGAAGGAGACUGGUGGGAAGCAAGAUCCAUUGCUACGGGAAAAACAGGCUACAUCCCAAGCAAUUAUGUAGCUCCUGCAGACUCCAUUCAAGCAGAAGAGUGGUAUUUUGGUAAAAUGGGCAGGAAGGAUGCAGAAAGGCUACUUUUAAAUCCUGGGAACCAGCGUGGCAUUUUCUUAGUAAGAGAGAGUGAAACCACUAAAGGUGCUUACUCCCUUUCCAUACGUGACUGGGAUGAGGUCAGAGGUGAUAAUGUGAAACACUACAAAAUCAGAAAACUUGACAAUGGUGGAUACUAUAUCACAACCAGAGCACAAUUUGAAUCUCUACAGAAGUUGGUGAAGCACUACAGAGAACAUGCCGAUGGGCUGUGUCAUAAGCUAACAACUGUGUGUCCCACUGUGAAACCACAAACACAGGGACUAGCAAAAGAUGCAUGGGAAAUCCCUAGAGAAUCCUUGAGGCUGGAAGUUAAGUUGGGCCAAGGAUGUUUUGGUGAAGUAUGGAUGGGAACAUGGAAUGGAACCACAAAAGUAGCAAUCAAGACACUAAAACCUGGAACGAUGAUGCCAGAAGCUUUCCUGCAGGAGGCUCAAAUCAUGAAGAAAUUACGACAUGACAAGCUUGUUCCACUGUAUGCCGUUGUUUCUGAGGAACCAAUCUACAUAGUCACUGAAUUCAUGACAAAAGGCAGCUUACUAGACUUCUUAAAAGAAGGAGAAGGGAAGUACUUAAAACUUCCACAGCUCGUCGACAUGGCUGCUCAGAUUGCUGAUGGCAUGGCUUACAUUGAAAGAAUGAACUACAUCCACAGGGAUCUCCGGGCAGCUAACAUUCUUGUAGGAGACAAUCUUGUGUGUAAAAUAGCAGACUUUGGUUUAGCAAGGUUAAUAGAGGACAAUGAGUACACUGCAAGACAAGGAGCUAAAUUCCCAAUUAAAUGGACCGCUCCAGAAGCAGCGCUGUACGGUCGGUUUACAAUUAAGUCAGAUGUGUGGUCGUUUGGCAUUUUACUGACCGAGCUGGUAACAAAGGGGAGAGUGCCAUAUCCAGGGAUGGUGAAUCGGGAAGUUCUGGAACAAGUGGAACGUGGAUAUAGGAUGCCUUGCCCACAGGGCUGCCCAGAGUCUCUCCAUGAGUUAAUGAAACUGUGUUGGAAGAAGGACCCUGAUGAGAGACCAACAUUCGAAUAUAUACAGUCUUUCUUGGAGGACUACUUUACUGCUACAGAACCACAGUACCAGCCUGGAGACAAUUUAUAAGCCAACAGUCUAUGUAACAUGCACAAAUCUGCCAAAUGUAAAAGACUUGCAAAGAAUUCGUGACGUCUGUAAGGAAUCAAAGGAAAGAAAAUCUUCGCUACUUUGCAUGCUCUUAAUGGCAAACUGGAAUUUCAUAAUACAGUUGCACAAAACCA